AUGACCGUCGUCAUUAAAGAGGCCGUCCUGCCGGACCAGGCUGUGAAGUCUAUACUUCCAAUAUCUCAAUGCGAUUUUGCCAGUGAUGAUAAACCUCCUCUCAAACGGCGCAAGAUUACCAAAGCUGGGCCCUGGAAUCUUUCCCAAGAGAAUGGAAUCUCGACGACUGGAAUCCCCCUGGGUUAUAUUCCAGUGGCGCGACUGACUUUACGCAUGAAAUUGUCAACUGCUCUCUUGGAAAAGCACUCAGUGGACUCUGAAAUUCGAAUCCCUGUAAUCGUCUCAGCCAGUUCGGAUUCGCAACAUGGCACGGGUGGCAAACCCUCUUGCACCCAACUUGAAGUUACGAACUACAGUGGCGAGCAGUUAAUAUUUUAUUCAUGCUGUGAGCCAGCGCUGCUCGAUCUAACCAAGCAGAUUGAGCUCGCUUGUAAUUUAACACCCGCAGAUCGAUCGUCAACCCGCGCUCCGGUUGCCUGUCACCAAGUGUAUUUGCGCGCCUCACCUGGCAGUGAAUAUUUGAGCCUGGAAACAGUGAUUCUAUGGACAGAGUCGCUGGAAACUCCCGAUAUCAACAAAUUGCAAGACUCAACCCUGGAGGUCUUCACCCAGUACGUGAUUCAAGGGGGCUCUCUGCUUUCAAGUAUGACCGAUCCGGCCAGUCGCCGUGAGGCAAUGUUGGGACAAUACCGGGAAUGGACCCCGCGAGAAUUUUACAACAGCGUUCAUGUCCCCGACGCCGCUGAUACUCUGGCUCAAAACCUGAAAUUCCCUGGCAUGGAAUGUGACCUUUUCCCGUUUCAAAAGCGCGCAGUCCGAUGGUUGCUACGACGAGAAGGUCGAGAUGUCCAGGAAGAUGGCCGCCUUGCCCCAAUAGAGACGUCACGCAGAUGGCAAUGUUUACUACUUCAGUCAAUUGUUCAUGGUUUUGAUCAGGGACUUAUCCCAGUGGUACGAUGCCGCUAA